UGCAGAUUUAGACACAUGGAAAUGCAGCAAAACUGCAGCAUUUCAUGCUUCUGGGAAACUCAACCUCUUGGUUGUGUGAAGAUCAGUUGUAUCUUUUAUCACAGCAAACCUCGAAAUAUCAAUGGAUUAUUUUUGCCACCAAGUAGCAAUAUCACACCACAGAAAGAAACUCAGGAAGGAAUUCCACCCCUGACCCAGAGUCAGGAACCCCUGAAACCUCAGGAGAAUAUAUCACGACCCAUUCAUCAUCCUUUAGUUUUAAAAACUAACUUUGAGGAAGAAGAGGAGGAAGGAGAUGAACAAAAUGAUGCAUCUAGUUUAUGGACAAAGACUCCUGAAGAAAUUGAAGAAAAAAGAGCAAUAAAGGAGAUGUGUUAUAAAUCUGGUGAAUACUACAGAUUUCAUACUCCAGAUAUUUCAUCAUCAAAAAGCAUAGCCUCUACAGCAGACAAAGAGUUAGAAAAGCCUUUGGAAAAUGGCAGUGAAUUGCAAGAAGGGGAUGGUCUUACAGUUCCAACAAAAUUUAGCCUAUUUGAAAGGCAAGGUGAGAUAAAAGCAUCAUUGGAUAGGAAACCAAGGACUGACAUUGCUGCUUUUGAAAAUGGAGGAGGUGACUGUUAUGUUCCACAGAGGAUCAUAUUCCUUGGAGUAGAUGAAAAAGAAGCUGUAACUGAAGAGAAAGAAAUUACUGUGUCAAAAUGUUCAAAUACUAAAGAUAACAAGGACAGCCCUCAUCCAAAGCGUUCCCUAACUACCCGACUAGUACCUACAACGCAUGUAUUAAAUUCUACUGAGAAUAUCAGUAUGAAGUGCAGAGAGGACCCCUCUUCAAUGAAUGAUGUCCAGCCAGUGAGGAAGCCUCACUUUAAAGGUGUGAAGAAAAGAAAAUGGAUUUACGAUGAACCAAAGAAUUUUCCUGGCCCAGGAAUGCAGAGAGCAGUACAGGCCCCAAAUCCCAAAAAUAAAAUGAGUUACCAUCGCAAUAAUAAAAACAGAAGUGCUGAGAAUGCAUCCUAUAUCCACGUUCAGAGAGAUGCUAUCAGGACUGUCUCACUGAGUGCACCUCCCCGCAGCAGGCCCACAAAUAGGUCCUACAAUAAAGUCGAUGUUAACAAGGAACCCAAACUCAACCUUUGUCCAGAUAAAUAUAUGUCAACAUCAUAUAAUGGUUCAGCCUGGCGAAAAAGGAUUCCUUUUUCAAAAACAUAUUCAAAAACUGAAAAGAUAUAUACAGAGCCAAGAAGAAAUGGGAGCAAGUAA